AUGCAUAAUCCAAGGAUACAGAAGGCAGUUGCGAUUUACGACUACAAGACUAGUCGCAAGUCAGAACUAGCUCUUAUCAAAGGAGAGGAAUUAGAAAUCCUGGAGAAGCCUACCAAGAACUGGUGGAUAGGCCGAUGUCACGACAAGAAAGGCAAGUUUCCUUCUAAUUAUGUGAUCAUCAAACAACCCGGUAUGCAAAUUCAGCUUCGCAACGAACUGGAUUUGGAUGAUGAGGAAACGAAGGCGGCACGAAGGAGAAGGAAUGGUUUUAGAGAUUGGUACGGAGGCUCAGCUGCCUUUGGACUAUCAGCACCCGAAUUGCGCAAGUAUUACUCUGGAAAGAGGUAG